GUGAACAAAUUUAAACAAAAAGUAGUUUUUUUUAUUAUUAUUUAAUAAUUAAAAACAAUUAUGAAGUGGUUUAAAUCUAGCAAGAAAGAAGAGGAGGACGAGGAUAAUGCUCGAGCAUUAGUAAAACAAGAUCCCAGGACUAAUGUCAAAACUACAACAGCACAAUCGGAAACCACCAAUACAACUACACAAAAUUCCACCAUAUUUAAUAAUAACAAGAAUACCGUUACAUACCAGUCCACCAAACAAACUGUAACAUCACGUCAAACGGCUCGCAUAACGGAAAUAACAAGUAGGCGCACCCCCACCCUCGAAGAAUUUGACGAAAUGAUGCGUCUACUGCAUUUGAAUAAAAAACCCGAAACUAAAACCUUCUCCAGCACAACCACCACCUCCAGUGCACCUUUGCGACGUAAUCGUCCCGGCAACUUGCCAGCCCUACCCUCCUCUCAGCGCAACUCGCAAAACGGUAUUUCACCCAAAAGUGCUACAAAAUUCAAGAAUACUGUUUCGCCCAUAUCGCGUCUUAUCUUUAACUAUGAGUCAUCUGCACAAGGGGCCGGUAGUGCAGGUGAAGGCUCCAAAACACCUAAAACACCAACAAUAGUAAAGACUUCAACAACAACAGUGACGGAGAAAAAUGGUCGCACUGUUACUCAAAGAGUUGAAGAGCAUCGCGUUAAGUUUGAUGCUAAAAAUUUUAAACUCUCUACCCCUAAUUCUCCGCUCACCAAGAAUUUUACGGGAGCAGAAGAUAGUUAUAAAUUUGAUGCACGACCCAGCUUGCCAGCCUUGCCAGCACCUUCUCGUUUGAGUAGUAGCAGUAUUGGGAGUAAUAGCAGCACAACAAGCUUCAAUAAACCUUCUUCGAUCUCAACAAAACCUACCUCAACAUUUGCCAGCACCUAUACCUCACCUUAUAAACAAAGGGAACUGAAUCGUGUGCCCAAUACCACUACAACAUUUUCCACUACAACAACAAAACCUUUAUACAACACCAAAACAACAACAACAUACUCUAAACCCAAUACUAGCUCCAUAUUCACCACAACCACUAAACCUAACUCAAUAUUUAGUUUAAGCACACCCAAAACCACAGCAACUACAUACACCUCAAACAUUAGCAAGCCUACACCAUUAUUCACCUCUUCGAGCUCUACAAAACCAACGGUAAUAACGAAACCCACCACCACCACUACCACUAGCCUCAAAACAGCGACUCCCACUUUGGUGGCCGGUGGUAAGACCGUUACUGCUCCUCUAGGUAAACCUGGUUAUGCCUACAUUUUCAACAAUGUCGUCUUCGAUAAUCCCAACAAUGAAGAACGUAUCGGCAGUGCGGAAGAUGUCAAGGCCCUGGUCCAAACUUUUGAAUAUUACAAAAUGAAAGUAACGGUUAUAGAGAAUGCCAAAGUGGAGAAAAUACGCAAGACUGUGGAAAAAAUUCAAUCAAAAGACUUUAAAGAAAAUGCUUGCCUUGUUAUUGUCAUACUGAGUCAUGGUGCCAGACAUGAAGAAAUUGCCGCCAAAGAUGGCCACUAUUCCAUUGAUGAUCAUAUACUAUUUCCCAUCCUACGAAAUCCAACAUUGAACGAUAAACCAAAGCUAUUCUUCAUACAAGCCUGCAAAGGUUCCAUGGAAACUAAUGGUUAUUAUACGGAUGCUGUGCCCUUCAAUCCGCUCGGCAGUGCAAAUGAAAUUUUAAAAUGCUACAGUACAUUUGAGGGUUUUGUAUCUUAUCGCACGGAAAAAGGUUCCAUGUUCAUACAGGCUCUGUGUCAGAAUCUAAAAUUAUUUGGCAGCACAAAAAAUAUCAAAGAUAUUAUGGAGUUGGUGACGCAAAUUGUUAAACAACAAUCACAAAACAAACAAAUUCCAGCUUAUACGAGCACUCUAACCAAACCAUUUAUAUUUGGAGAUUAUGUCAAAAGGCCGAAAUAAAAUAUUAAGGAAUUAAAAAUUAUUAGUUAGAACUAGUCUUAAAUUUAAACAAUUAAUAUGGUCAGAGAUUCUCCAGUGGUGAGAUACGUUAACAGCCUCUGGGGGAAAAUGUGUAAUGUAAUAGAAAAAAAUUAAAAAAUAAUUAUAUGUAUUAUAAUAAUCAAAUCAUAAUUUAAGAUAAGUAAAUAGUUUUAGAAAAGUAUUAUACAUUAAAAUAAAUGUACUGAAAACCAAUUCAAAAAUAAUAAAAA